AAUUAAAUGAAGGAGAUUUAGUAUUAUUGAAUUCGACAAAUAUAAUUUCACAAAAAAAUGCAAAAAGGGUAUCAAAGAAACUUAUCGCAAAACUCAUAGGACUCUUCAAAAUCGUUCAGAAAAUUUCAGCAAUAACAUAUCGAUUAAAACUCAUGGAAAUACUACGUAUUCAUCCAGUUUUCCACGUAUCCUUAUUAAAACCUUACUACCCUAGUGAGUUUAGAGAUGAAGUAAGAAAAGAACUCCCAAAAAUUGCAACCAAAAAUCCAGAAGAACACGAAGUCGAAGCCAUACUAGACAAGAGAACAUACUACUGUCGCCUACAGUACUUAGUAAAAUGGAAAGGUCUCCUACUAUACGAUGCUACUUGGAAACCCUUGACUAAUCUUGAAAAUUACAAAGACUUGGUAAAAGAGUUUGAAAAAACCAGUAAAACUGUUUUAAAUGGGAAAAGUGUAAGAGAACCAUCGG